GAAAGGGCAAGGGAAAGUAGGGAGGCAAGAGAAAAGUCCUAUGAUGAUUAUCAUUGGGCUACUUUGUGCGAAGAUGCCGCCAAGCUAAAAAAGCUCCGUGUGCCAGAAUUGAACAAAUACUUACAACAUCAUGGGCUAUUAAAACAGCAUCAGAACAGUAGCAAGAAUGACAAAGUGAGGACAAUUAUGGGACACUUCCUGCAGAUGAAUACUCUCAGAACAGGUCAAGCCGAAGUGAGUGGCAGCAAUGAAUCAGGUCAACUAGACAGCAGUGGUGAAAGCAGUGAGGGAGAAGAAACUGAUGAUGAUUACAAGAGUGAUACCCCUGACUCUGAAGACGACUCAAAUGAUGUCGUUCUUGCUUUUAUCGCCUCAGACGAGGAAUAUGUAGACGAGUGGCCAGCUACAACACGCUCAGGACGAGCAGUAACAAGAAGAGCUGAAAUUGACUUUUCAUUCUUUUGA